CUUUGUGUUGGUUCGCUUCUCUCUUGUGUCAGGUAGCAGGACUUCAACUGCUCGGACAGCGAAAUGGUCGAAACGGAAAGGGAUGGUGAUGCAGUAGAAAAAUAAAGAGCACCCGAGACCAGAUUCGAUCGGCACAUUUGCAUCCAUUAAUUUGCAGGCUCAGUGUUGGGAAUUCACAAGUCCUGCUCCUGCCUGAGAAGAAUGUCCUUCUCUUCUUCAUCAUCGUCGGUAGUGCACUGCCAACAAAUAACAGCAAUCGGUGUCAGUCUCCCCGCGCGAACUCGGUCGACCGACACGCAUCAUCAGCUCGAAGUUAAUCGAUCGGACGAAUCGGCUUCUGCCUGCACCCUCUCUCGGAAGAAAGGAUUCUACGACCACCAUGAAGCCCCCCACCGACGGCCCGCCACCAUCACCCUUCUCUUCAUCGUUUUCUCUUUCGCCCUUUUGGUCUUCGCCAUUCAAUUUUCACUCACCAGAUCGAGGAGAAACGAGCUGAGGGACAAGAGCAUUCUGAGGCUGUAUCAAUUACAAAGCCAACUGCAGCAAUGUGUGGCAAACAAAGGCUUAGGUCUUACGGCAGAGAUUGUUGAUCACUGCAAACUCAUCCUUAAAUUUCCUGAAGGCACAAACAGUACCUGGUACAAUAAGCAAUUUAACAAGUAUGAAGCCCUUGAUUAUGAAUAUGAUAUUUGUGAGGCUAUUCUUCUAUGGGAACAGUAUCGAAACAUGACUACAAUCUUAACAAGGGAAUAUCUAGAUGCUCGUCCUGAUGGUUGGCUAGAGUAUGCAGCAAAAAGGAUUGCACAAUUAGGGGCUGACAAAUGUUACAACCGCACACUUUGUGAGGAGCACCUUGAAUUAGUCCUGCCGUCCAAACCACCUUUCUUUCCCCGUCAAUUUAGGACCUGUGCAGUUGUCGGGAACUCAGGAGACCUUCUAAAGACAGAGUUUGGACAGGAGAUUGAUGCUCAUGAUGCUGUUAUUAGAGAUAAUGAAGCACCGGUCAAUGAGAAAUAUGCGAAGUAUGUUGGCUUGAAAAGGGACUUCCGUCUAGUCGCAAGGGGUGUUGCCCGCAACAUGAUUGCUGUUGUCAAUGGAUCAGCUGAUGAGGUGCUAAUAAUCAAAAGUUUGACGCACAGGGACUUCAACACAAUGAUAAAGACACUGCCAAACCCCGUUUACCUUUUCCAAGGCAUUGUUUUGAGAAAAGGUGCUAAAGGAACAGGAAUGAAAUCAAUAGAGCUAGCACUUUCAAUGUGCGAUAUUGUUGACAUCUAUGGCUUCACAGUUGAUCCUGGCUAUACAGAGUGGACGCGUUACUUUUCAACUCCAAGACAGGGGCACAACCCAUUACAAGGAAGGGCUUAUUAUCAGCUUCUGGAGUGCCUUGGUGUUAUUAGAAUCCAUUCACCUAUGAGGGCAGGCCGAAAACAAGAGUGGACAGAUGUGCCUGGCAGAGACGUGAUAAAAGCUGCUCAUGCUGCAGCACUGUAUUUAAAGAAAAGUGGCACCACUUCAGAAGGGUUAGGCCAGUUUGGAAGCUGUAAAGUUUGGGGCACUGCAAGUGCUGGUGUUAGCAAGAUUUCUAGAUCAGCUGACAUGUCUGAGACCCGAAAGACUUCAAAUUACAUGAAAUGGGAAGUAAUGCCAUUUGAAAGACUUAGAAAAGAAGCACAAGAACACUAUAUUCAAAUGGAGGGUGUCUCACUCUAUAAGAUGGAUGGCAACAAGUUGGAUGAUCUUGUCUGUGUGAGACACAAAUUGAAUUCAAAUAUGUAGACAAUGAGAAGCACUUUUAUACUUGCGGUAAUGAGCCGGCAGUGAAUUCACUCAUGGGGUGUCCCAGUAAUUGGUUCCAUGAGAUCAACAUGUUGGAUUGGGUGUUCGUCGAGUCCAUGGAAUCCCACUGGGUUGUUGAUGUUUGAUUCUUCACUUGAGAAGUUCGGUAACUCAUCAGAAGGCUCCAGGUAUUGUACAUGGCAGUAGUGGUUGUGGUUCGGUUUUAUCUGUAAUACGUAACUUUUCUGUGAUGUCCUCAUAGACGAUCUAUUCUUUCAUAUUCUUUUGAGAGUUACAUUUCCGAACUCAGGUUUUGUAAUUAUGGCCAGCUUGGAAUCCAGAGAUCCUAGUGCCCACUCACUGGGGCUAACCGAAUCGCCAGAUCAGAAUAUUGUGAGGGUGAUCACUUGAUCAAAACCAAAUGGGAGUUCCUUUUCUUGCCCGAUCAGAUAAAAUGCCAUUACUUUUCUUUUAUUGAUGGAGAUACUGGUCUUUGACUAUCCUGUACUCUAAAAUAUUUUUUAUGUUACUA